AUGCGAUUCCUGAAGCACAUCCGCGACCGCUCCCGCAACAAGAGUGCGGACCUGCGCAAUAGCAAUCACCACCAUGGCAGCCCUGGACAUCCACGAUCCUCCUCCCUAUCGCCACCACCAGGUCUCGACUACACCAGCCGACUUCCCCACCAUGUCCUCGCCAAGAUCUUCUCCUACGUCUGUCCUCAUGCGCUCGAUGAUUCCUACAACUCGUCAGAAGAGUCCAUGACCGAGAAUGGGUGCAUGCUGUGUGACAUGCGCGACCUCGCGCAUUGCGCUCUGGUCUGCAAGCGUUGGUUCCACCAGGCACAGCCAUUGCUCUACCGGCAUGUCCGGAUCGACCCGGUCCACUACUGCGAACUCGAGCUCGAGCUCGCCGAAAGACGCAAACAUCGCUCAUUCUUUGACCGCAACGGAGAGCCAGUCGAUGUCCCUAAGAUACGACUGAUGCUGUUUAUGAGGACCGUGAGAGAGUCGCAGAAACUGGCCAACACAGUCCUCUCACUGCGGAUGCCGUACAUGACACGAGAAGCAAGCAAAGCAGAACUCGCGCGGACAGUGUCAGUCUUGCCAAAUCUGCGUUACGUGGACCUUCCGUCCGGCUUUUAUAGUGACGAUGCGUCAUCCUACACCUUGAAACAGGAGUUGAUGGCUCGAUGUCCAGACAUACGGAGGAUGCGAUAUGCGCAUGGCUCGGAAGGGAGCUUUUCGCGUCUUCCCGGAUCGCAGCUCUGGGUGAAUCUGGAAGUCCUCGAGGUGUCAGGUUUACAGGGCGAGGAGAGCAUGCUGCGCAUGGCGCUUCAUUCCUUCCCUGCUCUACGGAGCUUGAAACUGGAGGAUCUUCCGUGGUUGGGAGAUUCAAUUUUCGCCCCGAUUAAGACCCUGCCUCCGUUUCCACCACUUCAGCAGCUGACUCUCCACAACAUACCAAAUGUCACGGCGAGCGGGCUCGCCAGCUAUCUCUGUGUACCGAAGAAUCGAGAUACCCUGAAUAAUCUGACCGUAUCCAACACUGGGGUGCUUCCCCAGUCGUUGCACAUGGUCCUUUCGAAAGCGCCACAUCUGCAACACGUAUCCAUCUUCCAGGAUGUAGACCGGUCUUUCCCCGUGGAGAAUGUUCCUCCUCUAUCCUCCAAAAGUCUGAAAUCGAUGCAUUAUGAAAUCACGUCCGAAAAUCAGUCGUACGGUCUGCAGCCGGUCUCAGCGUCCUAUUAUACGUACCUGAUGUCCUCUCUCCUGUCCAACUCGCUCCCGGCUCUGCGCAAACUCUACGUUCGCGACGCCGGUUUCCCCGAGACCUUGCUCCUGAGUCCACCCCCACGCCUCUUCGGCGGCGGUGAGAGCGGGCCUCGACCGAGAAGAAUGGGGUUGCAGCAGCCCCUGUCGCUAUACAGCAAAGGGAUGGACGAGUUGGAGUGGAAUUAUACUCACUUUGAGCCUGAGGCGACAGGUCGACCGAGCACCCCGACUCGACCGGCGAGUUUGCACGAGGCGCAGCUCAGCCCGAGUUGGGGUGGAGAAGCUCGAAAGAGCAUGAUUGUUGGGAAUGGGUUUGGAGGGUUCUUGGCGGUUCCUGUCGACGAGGGACGGCCGAAGAGCAGUGGUGGAUACAGACGAGACAGCAAACAUGACUUGUGGAGAUAG